AUGGCAUACAUUGAUGUUUCGCGGGGCAAUCUCUGUCUUGUCCUCUUUAGCCAACGACUAUCAUUUCGCCCGAAGCAUAAUACUGCUUCUAUGGCUUUAGGUGGUGUGCAAUGUGUUUUUAGAAGAGAGAUCAAGCCAUACCAGCCUUAUGAGGUGUGGUCUCGCGUUCUGAGCUGGGAUGAGAAGUGGAUCUAUAUCGUCACUCAUUUUAUUGCCCGAGGUGCCCAUCAACCUGCCAGGUUUCGCGUGCAAGACCAACGGAACAGUGAAGCCCCAGCUCGAGGAAGAGAAAGUUGCCAGAGCGGAAAAGAAAAGGGAAAAACAGUCUUUGCGUCGACAGUGUCUCGGAUCGUGUUCAAGCAAGGGAGGAAGACGGUUCCGCCGGAGAAGAUGCUCGUGGAAUGUGGGCUUCUCCCUUCUGCAAAGGCGGAGCUUGAUAACGAAGCCUCUGCAAAUGACACAAAUGGUGUUUUUCAGUCCAAAUGGAGAUUAAUUGAAGAACGACGCAAAAGGGAUUUGGAAAUUGCGCAACUGAAAUUAGGGUGGGAUGCUGUCUACGACACGUUUGAAGGUGAUGUCUCCAUGGCACUGGGAAGAUAUACGGACCUCUUGUGGAGGUGA